AUGGAGAAGCUCGGAACUAUCAAGGCUCGGGAGGAACCACUGCAGCGAGAGUCUGGUGCUCCCACUCCAAAUAAUCUCAACCUCGGUCUUGUUGGUUCGAUGGCUGGGAAUGUCAUCCUCCCUCCCAAGUCACCUGUUAUUCACGUAGACGAAAAGGGGAUCGAGGAAGUUCGGCAAGCACUGCAAGCCUGCGCCGACCUUGGACUCGCUGGGGAUACGAUCAACAAGGCCAGCUUUCCCCUCCCCACUUUCCAUGUCGUGCUGGAUGAGGCCAGGCGUCAAGUCCAUGAAGGUCAGGGGUUCGUCAUUAUCAGGGGCAUCGGCCUUUCUGAUUCGGCCCAGAAUAACAACAACAUGUUCCUGGGCUUGGCGAGCUACAUCGGAGAUGUAAGAGGUGCUCAGGACAAGCAAGGGUCCAUGCUCACUCAUGUAACUGCUUCCAAAUCAUGGACUGUUCCUCCUGAACUCCGUCACGGUAUCCACACCAACACCGGCUUGGCUUGGCAUAAUGAUAUGGGCACCGAUGUGAUUGCGCUUCACAUUCGAUCAUUGGCCGAGGAGGGCGGUAACACCUUCGUGGCUUCUUCAUGGACCAUAUACAAGGAAUUGGCGACGUCAUACCCCCAAGUUCUUGAACUUUUGUGUGAGCCAUGCUGGCCAAUCCAAGUGUACGUCCCUGGAAAUCUUGUUGUCUUUCGGCUAGUCCCGAGAUACAACCUGUCACAUCCCAAAAACCCAUUUUCUCAAGCAUGUGCUGACGCUGCAGGGGUUAUCCAUAGUUCUGGAAAUCCUCCCCGACACAUUGUCGCACCUUUGGUGCAAAUCUACAACAAUAGGGUCUAUCUCAGCGCCGAUCCGGGCCGUCUAGGUCUCCAUCCCGUCACCGCUAAAGCCUGCCUGAGCUCUUCCAUUCCAAGCCUCACCACUUCGCACCUCCAAGCCCUUGAAAUUCUAUCUGAGCUCGCGACCAAACAUCGGUUGAUGCUAGAUACUAAGCCCGGGGAUGUGCUUUUCAUCAACAACUGGGCCCUCAUACACGCGAGGGAUUCGUACAAGGAUCCGAAAGACGGCCCCGGCCGUCACCUCGUUAGAUUGUGGCUCAGGGAUUCCGAGUUAGGUUGGAAGGUCCCCGAGUCCAUGAAGGUGCCCUGGGAGGCCACCUUUGGCCCCAAUGGAGACGGAUAUCCGACUGGAGUUACGCGCAGAGAAUAUCCGCUUGCUCCGUCCCACGAGUACAAGCCACCAAAGUACACGGCUGGCUCGGCAGCAUUUGUCCUGGACGAUGAAGAUGAAGUGAAUGGCGGAAAUACCGAGCCAUGAAACUCAACCUGAAUCUAGGGUCAGCAUCUCGUUUUGUACCAUUGCGAAAUCAUUCAGUCCGGGCCGCUACAAGUGGUUGUUUUCCAAUGUUUCCCCCGCAAUGCCUUUGUCGUCUUAUUGUCACGCCUCAUA